AUGACCUUCAGCCGGACGAAGAAUAAGCGCGAAAUGCCUUGGCCUACUGUAGGCACCUGCUGCGAAAUGGUGGCCGAUAUCGAUUGCGCCAAGAAUAAGGUGAACACGAAGAUUGCGAAAAUCGUGGAGACGGAGAAGGGCUAUGAGCAGAGUACGGUAGACACCCCAAAAUUCAACCUGAUGGCCAAUCUGGCCAUUUCCGAGGAUUCUGAGAAGCAGGUGGAUGUCGUUCACGUGACGGUGAAAGGGCGGACCGGAAAGUUGAAUUUCACGGAUGCGAUCCGGAAAGCUGUUGCCGAUUGCUAUGCCAAGAGACCGGUAUCUCUCGGCGGUGUCUUCAUCAUCCGAAAGGGAAAAGCCAAGCUUCACGUGAUGCCCGAUUUCCCGGCUUGCCCAUGGAACACUGAGGAUGAGAUCACGGACAAAUGGCUGCGCUACUUUGAAAUGUCAGCCCCGCUCGUCUGCUGCACUGUCAUGCAUUCCAGUGAUCCGGGACAUCAGCUAAGAAUGGAGCACACUCAUUGCUUUUCGAGCCAUGGCGACGCCGGCCAUUAUCACUACGAUACCACCCCGGAUGAGGUGGAAUACGAGGGCUGGUUCGCUCCCGCUAUCAGGGUCUACAGAAUUGACAAAAUU